CUCUGGACAGACUGUAGACCUAUCUUCUUCACUCUCCACUCUUCAGACCGCGGCAGGGAAGAUCCACUCGACAGCACGACCCAAUACUUAGGAGUCCAAAUCAGCCGUCGUUCAGAUUCUAGAUUCCAGGCACCCUUUUGAUUUUCACAUAUCAUUUUUGAUCUAUUUACGACUACGAUCUCUAGAUGGGCUUGUUGAAUGUUAGAGAGAUGCUAACAUCGUUUAGUCCGUCAUUGAACUUUUUGGCUAUCAGUUCUGGGGAUGGUCGGAUUAAGGUUUGGGAUGCUAUAAAGGGGCAGAUUCAGACCGAAUUCGCUGACAUUUUCUCAAAUGAUGAUGGCCCAGGUUUAUUUGAUAAACCGCAAAAGGGUCACCUUUCAAUGGAUUAUACAUGCAUGAAGUGGAUCUCUUUGGAUAAAAUGAAAAAGAGGAAACUUGAAAGCACAUUAUUAAUAUUGGGAACUGGCGGUGGUGAUGUUCUUGCCUUGGAUGUAUCAGCUGGUCAUUUGAAGUGGAGGGCUAGUGACUGUCAUCCUGGGGGUGUCAGUUCCAUCUCUUCUCCUAUGCACGAUUCAUGCAUUUACACUGCAGGAGCUGAUGGUAUGAUUUGCAAGCUAAAUUCUAUGACUGGAAAUUUGUUGGAGAAGUUUAAAGCUUCAUCGAAGGCAAUAUCAUCACUGUCUGUUUCUUCAGAUGGAAAUGUGUUAGCAAUCGGUUCUGCUCAGAUGAAGGUUUUCAACUGCUCUGAUCAUAAAAAGAUACAGAAGUUUUCAGGCCACCCUGGACCCAUCCGUUCCAUGAUAUUCACUGAUGAUGGGAAAUACAUACUUUCUUCUGCUUCUUCCGAACGAUACAUUGCAAUUUGGAAACUCGAUGGUGGAAAGAAAAAGUCAGCCUGCUGUGUUCUUGCAAUGGAUCAUCCAGCUGUCUUUCUCGAUAGCUGUGUUGUUGAGACUGAAGAUACAGAUUCUCCUGCUUUUUAUGUGUUGGCUAUAUCUGAAACUGGCAUUUGUUACUUUUGGUAUGGUCAAAAUAUUGAGGAACUAAGUAGCAGCAAACCAACAAAAAUCUCCCUAUCAGUUGAUUUCAUUGAUAAGGCUGCUAUUCCAGCAAUAUUUGCUUCAAAAUUGCAGGGUGUUGUAAAACCUGCUUCUGUUCACAUAUUUUUGGCCCAUGGAUUGCUAGUAAAGCCAUCAUUUGAGAAAAUCUUAGUCAAUGCCGGUACUGAUGUAAAAUUGAGUUGUUCUCUUACUGGCAUCCUGCUGCCAAACAAGCAAGCUCACAAAAAGAAAAAAGGCUCAACUAGAAAUGAUGAAGUUACUGCACUAGAUCGUGCAAAUGCAGAAGAUGCAUUGCUUCCUAUUCCAAAGAUUCUUGGUUUGCAUGAUAAAAAGGGGAGCCAUUGGAGUUCAGACAAGUUCGAAGGUGUUCAUAGCAGUAGUGAAGAUGAAAUGGAAAUUGAAAUGCCUGCUAUUAGCAUGGAGGAUAAGCUAAAGGAUCUUGGGAUUAUUAACCACAAAAAGGAUAUUCCUUCUGAGUUAUUGACAGACUCAACAAAAUUGUUGGGUUUAAGUAUUGAAGAUAAUGUGUCACAGAAGAAGAUGAGAAUAGCUGUUUUAUCUUUGGAACCUAGUGAAGCAUUCAAGCUACUGGAAUUAUUGGUGGCAAUUUGGAAGUUAAGGGCAUGCAGCGGGAAUCUUGUUUUGCCAUGGAUUUGUUGUAUAUUGGUGAACCACAGUGAUUUCGUAGUUUCUCAGGAUCCAGCUUCUGAGCUAUUCGAUUCACUACACAAGCUUACCCAAUCAAGAGCAACAUCAGUGCAGUCAUUAUUCCAGUUAUCAGGUCGUUUGCAACUUAUUGGGGCUCAGAUUGAGAAGGCUGUUCAGAAUAAAAAUCACCCAACCCCUUCUAUUGCGGACAAUUUGGAUGAAAGUGAAGAUGAUGAAGAUGUUGACGAUGUUCUUUAUGGUGAAGAAGAAGGAAGCAGCAGCAGCGAUAAUGAUGAGUAGAUUUUGUUAAAUUCAGACCGAUGAAGAGAAAAAGAGGAAGCGACCACCAACUCGCUGUUGAGAUAUCUGCUGUUUUUGCCAGUAUGCAUUUUGUUCUUAUUUUUGUAGCCCACAAUUUUGUCUUUGUUUUACAGAUAAUAUAUGACCAAUUUUUAAUUUUAGAUUAUUUGUUGUUGUAGUGAAAAAUCCACAUUA